AUGAGUAGAUCAGUUCAAAAUGUUCAGUCACCACGCCUCGUUACUUCUGAUAAAUACCAUCCAUCAGAUUUAGAUAAUUUUCUACCUUGGGCUUUUACUGAAAUGGGAGUAGAAGCCAAGCCUGUCAUCAUCACAAGAAUCGAACAGAGUCCCGACCGUUCAUUCAAUAGUAGCAGAUCCAAAAGUAUUAAAUCCAAAGAAAUACAAACCCCUGGACUGGUAACGCCAAUAACAAAAUCACAAAGCAAAAGUUAUCAAUCCUUAGAAGCCUUAGAAGAUUACAUUAAAAUUACUUGUAUUUACAACAGCAACAGCCAAUUAGUAAAGCUAAAAUUUUGUAAAAACAAGAAAAUACCUAAAUGCGUACUCAAACUUUUAACUAUUGCUUUGCCGUAUCACACACAGUUAACGGCAAUUCACGUUAAUGGUGGCUUAAGUCCUGACCUUAUUUUAGAAUUACGGCAAAUCGUGGCAUUAUCCAACAUUACCGAAGUGGCACUUGAUAAUACAAUGCUUGAAGAUGCUGCUGUUUACAUAUUACUUGAAGAUAAUUUGAAUUUAAAACAUCUCUCACUAGCCAGGUGUACGCUUAAUGACGACAUGGUAAAAGCACUUGCUUCAAAAUUAAUCUACCCGUUGCCAGCAUCGAAAAAACUAUGCAUAUUAAAUCUUUCUACAAAUAGAAUAACGGAUAUUGGUGCAAAAUGUAUAGGGAAUGCUUUAAGGACAAACAGACAACUAGCUUGUUUGAAUUUAUCUGGCAAUAUGAUCGGGGAUGAAGGGGCAGAAACAAUUUUGAAUAGCUUGAAAAAAUUUGCUUUGACUGCCGAUGAAUUAAGGGAUAUGAAAAUGAGACGUUUGCAAUACUUAAAACAAGAGCAUCAAUUUAAAAAUAAUCGUGUAGACGAGAUGGGAAAAAAAUCUAUAGUUGGUAAAAAGAAGGUAACAAAACCAGCGCCGACGGUCCCUUUGAAGAAAGGUAAAAUAAGUGACAUUUACAAAGAUGCUGAAGGCACCUCGCCUACUGAUAAUAUUACGAUUGACUCAUGCAAAGUUUAUAUCAAAGAUAUGUUUGGACCGGUAGAAGAUCCAUUCAGAUCGGAACACAUAGUUUUAGAACAUGGGGUAACUUACUGCCUCGGUAAUAAUUCUCUGUGCUACUUAAACCUAGCUUACAAUGACGUUAAUUAUUUCACUAUCGAAAAGCUUUGUGCCGUUCUACGUGAACAAACUACGCUAAACAGACAGCCUAAAGGUCUAAUCAAUGUAUGUAUUGAAGGUAAUAUAAUAUAA